GGUAGUACAGUAGAUGCCAGUGAGUGUAAGGAACAAGAACAAAUGUAGUGGUAGGGAGGAGGAGAGGUUGAGACAGCAAGAGGUGGGGAGACAUGGGUGGACACCUGCCCCCCCCCCUCAUUCUCUCACUAUUCCACUCUCAGUCUCAGUCAGUAUUGGUCUGUUACAGUUACUAGCCACAGACAACAAUAAGAUGUGUGAUGUUGAACACUGUUAUUCUGUAGUUCUAGAGAUUGUCAAAUCUGCUGGAACAGUAUUAGCUGAAGGAUUUAAGAAAACAAAAAAAGUUACCACAAAAACAUCAAGCUCUGAUUUAGUUACUGAAUAUGACAAAAGAAUAGAAUCAUUAAUAAUUGAUGAAAUCUUAAAAACAUUUCCAACACACAAAUUUAUUGGUGAGGAGACGGCAAGUGCUGAAGGUCUCACGAAUGACCCGACAUGGAUGAUUGACCCCAUUGACGGGACCAACAAUUUUGUCCAUGGAGAUGAAAACUGUGUUAUAUCAAUUGCUCUGGCAGUAAAUCAAGUAUUGGAAAUUGGGAUAGUUUACAGCCCUAUCAAAGACCAACUAUUUUCUGCAAAGAAGGGGAAUGGCUCAUGGCUGAACGGAAAACCUAUCCAUGUCUCUGAUGUAACAGAUAUCAAACAGUCACUCCUUGGAUUUGAAGUAUCAUUAGCAGGUAUACCAAAAAUUAAAGAAACAGUACUCAAAAGAUUAGCAGCCAUUGUAUCUCAAGCACAUGGGGUACGGGCAAUUGGAACAUGUGCUUUGUCUCUGUGUUACGUUGCCCAAGGCGCCUGGGAUGCCUAUCAAGUGGACUACCUUUAUUGUUGGGAUUAUGCUGCUGGAGCUCUCAUUGUACAAGAGGCUGGGGGCACUGUUAUCAGCACUGAUGGUAGUCCAUUUGAAAUAAUGAAACGCCGAAUUAUAGCUGCAAGCUCGAAACAAUUGGCAGAUCAGUUGGUUACAGUGCUGAAACAGGCAGACUCAAACUUGAUAUAAUUCAACACAUCUUGGUUAAUGGAAAAAUGUUCCCCACAAAACUUGCAUUGCAGUAAUACAUUUUUUUAACAGUAAAAAUCAAGAAUUAUUAAAAGUUUUCAAUAAAAUUGUAUAGUAUUUCAAA